AUGACUGACGGGUCGCCCUCUCUCCAGAUGACCUUCAACCCAAACUUCUUGAUCUUCCAUUCUGAGGAAGGCGGUAUUCGCCCCAUCCUUGAGAUCCACGCGGACAUUGCUCACAUUGUGAGUGGUGUCCAUUGGUCCAACCAUUUCGAAGAUGUGUUUUCGAAUCAGGGCGAGAUUCGGGAGGGCUUUGAGUUCGCCGUCGUGGAUCUCGGCCGAGGCGUCUUCUCCAGCCCACACGGAGUUGAAGAGCUCGAGGUCGUUCAGAUCGCAAGCAAUAGCUACGCGGGAGAGGACGUCGAUGAUGGCCUCACGGGGGGUGAGAGACACGAGGUGGGUGGCUACUGUGGAAGACAUUUUGAUGAUUCUGGUUUAAAGAUGAAGCAAAAGAAGGGUUGUGGUGUUAGAUGA